AUGCAAGCUACUAACCCCAAUAGCUGUUCCUUGAAAUGCUUCAAAUCAGAAACUCACAAGCAGAAGGACGAAGAAAAACAAGUCUCUGAUACUUUUGGUGCCUCUGAAACUACGGAGACUAACCAGCUUGUUUCCGAAAUUACCAUGGAUAAAGAUUUGUGCGCGAUACUGGAAGAUCCCCAGAUGAAGUCUCUGCUGAAGGAGCCUUCGCUUCAGUUCCAUCUACUGACCCUGUUUGAAAUUUUGAGUGAUACCAGAUUAACGGGAGAAAUUACGAGAGAAGGAAGACUGGAUAUAGCCAAUAAGAAAUUGGCAGGAUUACGAAAAAACGGAGUGGAGCAAAAUGAGUUGAUUGAGGAGUUUUGUGAGAGAGUAUUGACACUGGCUCAACAGCAGUAG